AUGCCCUUCCUAACCUCCAUCCGCCAAAAGGCUCACUUAAUUUUCAUCACAAUCAAAGCAAAGCUUCUCCGAGCUUUUAUCCUCACCUACGCCCACCUGAGACCACACCAGAAACCAUCCCCCGACAUAAUCGAAUACAUCCCGGCAAAAUCCAACACAACAAAAACCAGCAAAGACCGAACUCGCAAAAUCAAAACCUACAUCUACCUCCCUCCAAAGAAGACGCCCUCCUCAUCCUCCUCUCCCUCCUCACCACCAAUCCCCUCCCCCGUCCUCAUAACAGCCUGCGGCUCCGGCUUCAUAAUCCCAGGCCUGGGCCUCGACGACCCCUACUGCCGCACGAUGGCCCUAAAAACCUCGCACGUCAUAAUAGACAUCGACUACCGAGUCGCGCCCGAGAACCCCUUUCCCAGCGCCAUCAACGACGUAAUCAGCGUCGUGAACUGGGUCCUCGCGCAGCCGGCGCGGUUCGACAAAGCCCGCAUCUCGAUCGGCGGGUUCAGUGCGGGAGGGAACAUUGCUGCCAGCGUUGCGGUGAAUUAUUUCCCCCCGGGCACUUUUGGGGCUCUUGUGGGGUUCUAUCCUGUUGUGGAUGCGUCGCAUAAUCCGGGCGAGAAGGUGCCUGUUAUCCCUGUUGAGAGGUGGAGGGAUGCGAUGGGGAAGGGUAAAGGGAAGGAUGGUGGUGGUGGGAGCCAGACGCCCAAGCCGCCAUUGGGUGGAAUGGGGUCUGUACCGGAUGGAGUUAUGGUGUUUAUGAGGGACUGUUAUCUGGCUGGGGAUGUGAGUGAGGGGAGGGUGAAAGACCCGAGGGUGUCGCCGGUGUAUGCGGAUGUGGGAAGGUUUCCGCGCCGGGUUUGUUUUGUGACGUGUGAGUAUGAUGUGCUUGCGCGGGAGGCGGAGGAGCUGGCGGAGACGAUUAAGGAGGGGAGAGAGGUGGUUGUGCAUCGUGUCAAAGGGUGUGGGCAUGCGUUUGAUAAGUAUUGUAAGCCCGGGAGUGAGAGGGAGAAGGCAAAAGAUCAGGCCUAUGAGAUCGUUGCGGAUUUUCUGAGGGGUGACUCGUAG